AUGUGGCACAAGUCGAUGUGUGUGGCGUUGGUGGCCCUGGCCACCGGCUACGUCUUCUUGCUGGACCCCGACCUGCCGGACUCGGUGCUGGAGUACGUCUCGGCCUCCUUCCUGUACCAGCCGAGGGGGGGUCUCGCCUCCCCGGAGAGCAGCAUGGCGGCCGCCUGGGACUCGCUCAUCGUCCAGCCGGCCAAGCAGUGGAGCAAAGUUGCUGUCGGGGUCAACGCCUGCGUAGAUGUGGUCCUUUCAGGUGUGAAGCUGUUGCAGGCCCUCGGUCUAGAUUCUGGAGAGGGAUGGGACCACUCGGUCUUGCGCUCUGUGGUGGAUCUGAAAGAAUCCUUCACCCACUUCAUGGGGAAGGGCGCUGCCGCGGAGCGGUUCUUCAGCAACGCGGAAUCUUUCCACCGCAUUGCGCAGACGGCUUCGGAGUAUCCCGGUGCGCAGCUGUACGUGGGAGGAAACGCUGCUCUUAUUGGUCAGAAAAUCGCGAUGAAUCCGGACCUGAAGGUUCUGCUGUGUGGCCCGAUCGGUCCUAAGCUCCACGAGCUGCUGGAUGAAAACGUGAUUGUCCCUCCAGAAUCCAUGCAAGAGCUGGAUGAAUUUCAUCUUAUCCUGGAGUAUCGAGCAGGCGAAGAAUGGGGGCAGCUGAGGGCCCCCAAUGCCAACCGCUUCAUCUUCUCCCACGACCUGUCUAACGGGGCCAUGAACAUGCUGGAAGUGUUUGUGUCCAGCCUUGAGGAGUUUCAGCCAGACCUGGUGGUUCUGUCCGGCCUUCACAUGAUAGAGGGCCAGAGCAAGGAAGUGCGUGAGAAAAGGUUCCUGGAGGCGGUGGCCGCCAUCUCUGACAUUCCCAUGGAUGUCCCCGUGCACCUGGAGCUGGCCAGUAUGACAGACCCAGACCUUAUGAGUGAGAUCAUUCAUCAGCAGGUCUUCCCUCUCGUGGACUCGAUCGGCUUGAAUGAACAGGAGCUGCUCUUCCUCACGCAGGCGGCUGCCGGACCCCACGCCUCGCUGACGUCCUGGAACGGCAUCCCGGACGUGGGGGCCGUCAGCGACAUCCUCUUCUGGAUCCUGAAGGAACACGGGAGGACUGCGAUGAAAGCGUCGGACCUGACCCGGAUCCACUUCCACACUCUGGCCUACCACGUCCUGGCAACCGUGGACGGCUACUGGGCCAACCAGGUGGCGGCUGUCGCCGCGGGGGCCAGAGUGGCCGGGACGCAGGCCUGUGCGACGGAAACCAUCGACGCGAGCAGGGUCUUCCUCAAAGCCCCCUGGGAGUUCACCACUUCCCAGACGGGGGAGUCUUCCACCGUCUCCUUGAAUCCUAGUGCCCCUGUGUCCGAGUGGCACAGGGAUGGCAUCUCGUUCCACUACACUCCGGUGCUGGUGUGCAAAGACCCUCUGCGGACCGUGGGCCUCGGUGAUGCCAUUUCAGCCGAAGGGCUCCUUUAUUCGGAACUCUCUUCUCAAUGAC